AAAGUCCAAGCGUGCUUUGUACCCGCUCCACAUGUAAUCAGCAAUCAUCUCCAGUACAUGUUGCAACUUUAGGGCAGGUCAAUUUGUUGUCCAGCUGCAAGAUCUUCAAAUGGUAGAUCAUGGCGGAGCACCAAGAGACGGCACCAACAAGAGACGGGCACACUCCGAGUGUUUCGGCCAUGGAUGGUGAGCUGCACCAUUUGGAAGGGGAGACUGACACUGGAACCAGCGCUGGAACCUUUCACCGAAGCGACAACGGGUUGAGGCCAAGUGCAAGAGCUUUCAGUGAGUUGGAGAUUUUGCUGAGCAUUUUCUGGGUUCCUGCCAGCAUCUUCGUGGUAGCAGAGGUCGGUGCUUAUGCCUCCUUUCGGAAGAGCUUCUUCGUGGCCUUGACUGGCAAUGCCUUCGAUCUGGGUCUCAGCUAUGCUCGAGUGGUCGAGCUACACGUUUGGGCGAGCAUCGCCAUGUGGACCUUGGCCGCAUUCCAGAUCCAUCAGAGGACCCGAAAGUGGCAGAGCCCUUGGCUUCAUCGGCUUAUGGGGAAGGCCAUGUUGUUGACCUUCUUCAUCGUUGUUUUUCCUACUAGCCUAUACCUCUCAGCUCUCCAGCGCAUCGACUACCUCGCGCCCGCCGUGGCCGCCGUUUUGUUGGACACAGCCAGCUGCACCGCCUUCUUCUUGUACCGUGCGUGGCGGGUGGCACGCACGGCAGUACCUCAUCGCAACCCGAAGUCCAUGGCGUUGCAUGGCCGACUCAUGCAGUGUGGCACCAUGAUGAGCAUGUCCAUUUUGCCACAGCGGUUUCUGCAGUUCUACCUGACGAUGCAUUUGAAGAUGUCCCACCAGGCGAACUACUCCAUUUCCAUUCUGGUGACGUCCCUGCUCUUCUUCGUCUACGGCCACUUCUUCGAUGGUCCCCGGGGCCGCAUUUGGGUGCAGUGCAUCGGAGCUGAACACCUGGAAGAGGCCUUGGGCCGACGCCAGACCGGAUCGGUGGAACGCUGGCUUUGGCGGCUGCGGUGGGUCAUCUAUGUCGGCGCCUACUACCUACUGAGGAGGAGCCUUCCGUCAGAGACGAUGGCCGGCGCAGGUUGAAAAGAUGGGAAUUCAGCGCCACGAUGGUCAGCGCCCCUGCGGCGUCCAGUGAUCGGAAGUGACCGGCUUUGGACUCCGGG